UUGAGUUCAAAUAAUUAAAAAUAAUUCUUAUUUCUUAAUGAGUCGUUUAAAUGGGGAGCGCCAUGUGGAGGGAAUGGAGGGUUAUUUCAGUCUUUGCCACAAUCAUUUAGGUCGAAUGAACAACAUGGGUCAAUGCUUCCUAUGUUAAAUAUAAAUCAAGGACCUUCUCCAAAUACAUCAAAUAGCGGACAAUUUUAUGGCCCACAACAAUCACAUCCUCUUUCAUCAUUAAUGACAUCUAAUUUAUCGAAUAAUAAUUCAAUUUCUCUUGGGCAUCCACCUCUUCCUCCAUCUACGCGAUAUUCACUUCCAUCGUUACAUCAAUUAUCUGGACAAGCACCUGUCCAUGAUUCUCAUUCACCACAUCCUUCGAAUGUAAUUUCUAGUUCUCAGGAACGCCCAAAUUCUCCAUUAGCAGGACAAGCAUCAAAUACAAAUAUCCAAAAUUCUGUUUAUAGACCUUUAAAUGUUAAAGAUGCUCUUUCAUAUCUUGAUCAAGUAAAAAUACAAUUUUCUGAACAGCCAGAUGUGUAUAAUAGGUUUCUUGAUAUUAUGAAAGAUUUUAAGUCGCAGAGUAUUGAUACACUUGGCGUUAUUGAGCGAGUUUCUGCUCUUUUUCGUGGUCAUCCAAAUUUAGUUCAAGGAUUUAAUACAUUUCUUCCUCCCGGAUAUAGGAUUGAAUGUUCAUUGGAUUCUUCUGAUCCUACUGCUAUUCGCGUUAUUACUCCGUUGGGUACUAUGAUGACUCAUUCAGGAUUACAUGGCUCAUUGUCUAAUACUCAAGGAGGAAUACGUGAUUCUUGGUCUGGAAUACAAGAUAAUAAUAUGUAUAAUCAAUCUGAUAAUGGUAUUUCUAUAUCAGGAAAAAAAGCACCUGUUGAGUUUAAUCAUGCAAUUAAUUAUGUUAAUAAGAUAAAGAAUCGCUUCUCUAAUGAGCCUGAUACUUAUAAACGAUUUCUUGAAAUUUUACAAACCUAUCAAAAAGAACAAAGACCUAUUCAAGAUGUAUAUGCUGAAGUAACUGUUUUAUUUAAAACAGCGCCAGAUCUUCUUGAUGAUUUUAAACAAUUUCUUCCAGAAAAUAAUACUUCCAAUACUAGUUUAUUUUCAGUGGGACCUAGAUUGCCCCCUCUAGGAAAUUUUGCUCCUCCAACAGUUGUUUCAAAUAUAUCUAAAGAUAAGAAAAAGCGUUCUCAGAAUCUUGAACAAAAUCUCCAGGCUGGACAAAGUCAACCAAAGCGCUCUAAACAUCAUCAUAAGACUGAUAUAGAUCUUUCAAAUAUUAGCCCAUCUCUUAUGCCUUCAGCUUCUGAAGUUAUUAAACCGCCAACACAUGCUUCUGCGUCUGCUGAAGAAUUGUCUUUUUUUGAUAAAGUUAAAAAAUUCAUUGGAAACAAACAAACUUAUAAUGAAUUUCUCAAAGUUUUAAAUCUGUUUAGCCAGGAUAUUUUGGAUAAAAAUUUGUUAGUUGAAAGAGUUUACAAUUUUAUUGGUGUAAAUGAAGAGCUAAUGGAUUGGUUUAAACGCUUUGUUGGCUACGACGGAAAAGAUGAUGUUAUUGAAAAUAUUCCUGCUCCACGACCUAAAGUUGAUCUUAUGUUAUGCAAAGCUUAUGGGCCUAGUUAUAGAUUAUUGCCAAAAUCGGAGACUUUAUUACCAUGUUCCGGGCGUGAUGAAAUGUGCUGGGAGGUUUUAAAUGAUGGAUGGGUAAGUCAUCCAACAUGGGCAUCAGAAGAUUUUAGGUUUGUUGCUCAUAAAAAAAAUCAAUAUGAGGAAACUCUUCAUAAGGUCGAAGAAGAGCGCUAUGAUUACGAUUUAAAUAUUGAAGCUAAUUUGCGUACUAUACAACUUCUUGAACCUAUUGCACAACAAAUUUCGAAUAUGACUCCUGAAGAAAAAAAUUCCUUUCGUCUUCCACCUGGUUUAGGAGGUCAAUCUAUAAGCAUAUAUCAAAGGGUUUUAAAGAAGGUAUAUGAUAAGGAACAAGGUUUAGAAGUCAUUGAUGCAUUGCAUGAAAAUCCUGCUGUUGCUGUUCCUAUCAUUUUAAAAAGAUUGAAGCAAAAAGACGAAGAGUGGAAACGAGCUCAGAGGGAAUGGAAUAAAGUUUGGAGAGAGACUGAAUAUAAAAAUUUUUAUAAAAGUCUUGAUCAUCAAGGAAUAACAUUUAAAUCAACUGAUAAAAAGGCUAUUACAUCCAGAAUUUUGUUGGCAGAAAUAGAUACUUUAAGAAAGCAACAACGCGAAGCAUCUAUAAAUCAUUCUAAGUCUAAAUUAAAAUCUCAGUUUAAAUAUGAAUUUCAAGAUCAAGAUAUAUUAAUUGAUGUAUUAUGUUUACUUUCGAAACAACUUGAACAUGCACCUGGUAUAUCUGUAAAUGAUAAAGAAAAAUUAGAGAAAUUUUUGAAAUAUUUCUUCCCUUUAUUUUUUGAAUUAGAUCAGAAAACUGUUGUCAAGCGUAUUGACGCGUUUAUUAAUGAAAAUGUAGAAGAAAUUUCAGUUAAUCUUAAUGAGGAAGCAUUGUCUCAAACAGAAAAUGUUUCUGGAAAAAAACGACUAUCAAAGGAUUCUGAUUUAUUAAAAGAUGUUUUAAAAAAAAAUCGGAGAGGACAAGGAAAAGAUAGAAAUGAUAUUUGUGUUAAUGGACAAAAUAAAGAUUCUAAUUUCUAUAAUACAUCUAAGGAUGCUUUUGAUGAAAAAAAUAAUUUAAUAAGAAAUGAUAUAAAUAGCUCUAAUAUAUUAGAAUCUGCAGAAAAAGCUGCCGAAGUAUGGAUACAACAUAAAAAGUUGGAUUCUGUUGUAGAAGUUUCUAUGGAUUUUAAUGCCUCUAAUCAAAUGAUUGGCACGAAGAAAAAAAGACAUGUUUACAAUUUUUUUACGAAUUCUUCAUUUUAUUGUUUUUAUAGGAUAUUUUAUAUGCUUUAUUCAAGAUUAUUAAAAAUGAAAUCUAUGGAAGAGAGCAUUGUUGCGGAAAACCGUGAUAAAAAACCAAAUCCAAUAACGGUAGAGUUGGGACUUCAUGUUAAUCGCUUGUUAGAACUUGAAUUGCCUGUUUUAUCAGAUGUUCCUUAUUAUCAACAACUUCUUGGAUUUUGUGGAAAACUUAUUGAAAAUGACAUUGAACAGAAUGGUUUUGAAGAUAUUUUACGAUACAUGUAUGGAAUUAAUGGAUAUCCUUUUUAUACUGUCGAUAAAGUUGUUUCUGCAAUGAUAAAACAUUUACAUUCAAUUAUAACAGAUGCUAAAAGUGCUGAGAUUGUUUUCCUAUUUGAAAAGGACCGUCAACUAACUAAAACUACUCCUCGACAACAAAUUAUUUAUCGUGUACAAGUAGAAUCAAUUCUUGGUCCAGAAGAAUCACUUUACCGUAUUGAAUGGAAUAAUCAGGAAAAGACUUUAAGUAUUCAAUUAAUUGGGAAAGAUGAUUUGACAUUAGAUCAGGCUGUAUCAGCAGAAGAAAAAUGGUCCUAUUAUAUUGAUGCAUUUGUUAUGUCAAGUCCUACAGAAGGUGUUGCUUCUGAACUCAUUAAAGCAACAUUCUUAAAGAGAAAUUUGCCUCUUGAAGAAGAAGAAGAAGAUGAUGAUAGUAAAAAAGUACAGCGUGCAGCGGAUUUAAUUGAUGAAAAUUAUGUUUCAUCUGGUUUAGAAAUUAAAAUAUGCGUUAAUACAUACAAAAUUUUUUUCGUUCAGGGGACAGAAGACUCAUUUGCCCGAAGUAUUAGCAAAAGAAGAAUAGAUAAGGAGAAAUAUCAAAAACUUAAGAACAAGAGGCAAGAAAUAUGGAGAGAAAGGCUUAAUGGUAAAAAUGGUUGGAAAAUGGGCCUAAAAAAUAAUGAUGAGGCACUUAAAUUAGAAAAUAGAAUAAAUAAUUGGAUUAAAAAUGGGAUUAUAGAGCCAAAAAACGAAAAUACAAAGGAAAAUAUUAAAGAAAAGAAUAAAAAUAAUUCUAAAAAUUCGCAUGGAAAUAAUGAAAAUAGUUCUCAGACAUAA